CUCAAUAAUAAUAAAAAAGUUUUUAUUUUUUUUCAAUAUUAAUAAAAAUCUUUAGAUUAAAUUAAAUAAAAUUUUAUAAUAAUAAUAGAAAUAAAAGUAAUAAUAAAAUUAUAAUAUUUAUUAUAAAAAUAAAAAAGCAAAUAUAUUUUUUAAAAUGGAAACUGAUAAUAAAAAUAAUUUUUUAAUUAAUAAAACCAAAAUAAAUAUUAAUAAUUGUGGUGAUUCUACACCAAAACAAAACAAUAAUGAUCAAUUAAAGAAAAAGUAUCCAUCACUCCAUCACUAUUUUCCAAACACAAGUGAUUUACUUGUUAAAAAGAUAUGUAGUUGGGUAAUUGAUGAUCAAAAAAGUUGUCGAGGGGUUUCAAAACCAGAAAAGUCUUUAUCAAAAAAUAUGGAAGCUGGUGUUUAUGAAAUAUUAGAAAUUGUAUUAAAUUACAUUACCCAAGAUUUAAAGGAAUCAGAAGUUUUCUUAGUUAUAUCUGUAUAUUUUGCUAAUAAAUAUGUCGAAAAGGUUGGAAUCAGACAAUCUCAAAUUUUAUGGUUAAUAUUAAUAAGUUGUAUACUUUCAUUAAAAAUGUUUUCAGACUCAAACAAAAUCAAUUUGGAUAUAAUUGAAAAAAGAUUUUUAAUUGAUGCAAAACACAUUGGUAAAAUGGAAAUUCAAUUUUUAUCAAAUAUCGAUUAUAAUUUAUAUUUAGAAGAGAGCUCAAUAACCGCUUUUUUAACUUGUAUUUUUAUAGAUUACAAGAUCAAUUGUCAAUCAAAGUUAGAUAUGAUUCAAAACUUAUUUUCUCAAAUAGAAAGUAUUAAAACUGGUUCCGAAUAAAAACAAAAGAAAAAAUAAAAUUGUAUAAUAAAAAAAAUAAAUUAAUU